UGACAUUUUAAUGACAACGCGUAUAACCUUAGAUUUUGAAUAGAAAAAUUCAAAACAAUAGCUAAAUUUAAUUAAAAACCAUGUUUUUCUUAUAUUUCUUAAGUUUAUUAUCACUAGCCGUGCAGGCUACAUUUAUAACUUUAUCGAUUGCGGCCGGUCUGUACUAUUUAGCUGAGCUAGUGGAGGAGUACACUGUUAUGGCAAAGUAUAUCAUUACCUGGACUGUUAUAGGUACAGCCUCAAUACACAUAGGUCUGCUAAUCUUUGAGGAUAUUCCUCUAUACCUGAACGCCUUGGGCCUCGUCCAGCAGGCGUUCCAUAUGCUCCUGCUGAAGGAUUUCCCAGUCGUGCGGAUAACGAGCAUAACAUUUGUGGCAGCCGUCCUGACUCUAAUUCUACACCAUUACUUGGCCUUCAAAUUCUUCGGGACUGUCUAUUAUAGUUUUUCAGAGGUUCUAUCAUACUUCACGUUGUGUCUAUGGGUGGUUCCCUUCGCGCUGUUCGUUUCUCUAUCCGCCAACGACUACGUGCUGCCCACCACUGGGGAAAAACAACCUUUGUUGUUAGGUGACAAUAAUGUUUUGACAGAUUAUUUGGCGCGAAAAUCGAAGAAAUAUAGUCUGUUGUCAUUCUUCAGUUUUGCGAAGGAUUCCAUUUUGCCACAGCGUAGCAAGAAAGCGUUUUAAUGUGACCAGUGUUUAUUUAUUUAUUAUUAUAUUACGAUAGGUAUAAAUAAUUAGAUAAUUAAUACAAAUGUACUAAUACCUCCUUAAUACAAAACAAAAUCUUAACACCCGGUUUCUGAAAGGCUUGUCAACGCUAAAAUUAACUAAUCUCCUGUUAAAUCUCUUGUCAAGUCAUCUGAUUGGUUGUUGAUAAUUCAGUCAACCAAUCAGAUUACUUGACAAGAGAUUAAAUUGAUUUUAACAUUGAUUGGCCUUUCGGAAACCGGG